GUGUCCAAAAUCAGUCUACACGACAAACUUUCGAUAAACCAAUUGAAUCAUGAAGUUACAACUUAUCAUACCCUUUUCAUUUCUGAUAUCGUAUGUCUCUGCACAUACGAUAUUCAUGAAAUUGCAAUCAGGUGGCACACUUUACAAUACCAGCUAUGCCAUCCGAACCCCAACAUACGACGGACCCAUAAACGACGUAACAACCGAAUACGUCGCCUGCAAUGGUGGACCCAACCCCACUACUCCCUCCUCAAACAUCAUAAAUGUCGUUGCUGGCAGCACCGUAAACGCCAUUUGGCGUCACACUCUAGACAGCACACCUGCAAAUGAUGCAACAUAUGUUCUCGACCCAUCUCAUCUCGGUCCCGUCAUGGCCUACAUGAAAAAAGUAACCGAUGCAACCACCGACGUUGGCUACGGACCCGGCUGGUUCAAGAUCUCCGAGCAAGGACUCAAUGUAGCUACACAAGGAUGGGCAACAACGGACCUCAUAAACAAUGCAGGCGUACAGAGUAUCACAAUACCAAGUUGUAUAGCCAACGGUCAAUAUCUCUUACGAGCAGAACUCAUUGCGCUCCACUCAGCAGGAGGAAGUCAAGGCGCACAGUUGUACAUGGAAUGUGCACAAAUCAAUGUUUCAGGCGGAACAGGAACCUCAACUCCAAGCACCGUAUCGUUCCCAGGCGCAUAUGGACAGAGCGAUCCAGGAAUCCUGAUUAACAUCUAUCAAACGCUCACCACGUAUACGAUUCCGGGCCCUACGCCAUUCGUAUGUGGCGCUGCGCAGAGUACUGCGAAGAGUUCGUCUACUUCAACUGCGAAGCCGACGUCCACGUCGACUUUGAGUACGAGCACGGUUACGAAGACGAGUAGUAGUGCGGUGGCGUCGGGGACGGGGACCGCGGCGAUUUAUGCGCAGUGUGGAGGUCAGGGAUGGACGGGUGCAACGGUUUGUGCGAGUGGGAGUAAGUGUGUAGUCAGUAGCGCGUUUUAUAGUCAAUGUUUGCCAUCGUGAUGGAGAAUAGAGCUCAGGUAUCAGUGGUAGAUAGUAGUGAUGGAGAGAUUGUUUUGUUGAGGAUAGUAGAGAGUAGAUCGGUUAUCUUGUGAGAGAAGAAUAGAAGUCGAGCCA